UCCAAAGGGCACUGCUGAAUUUCAUCUGCAAACUACCGUGCUCGAGAUUAUGGUCCUGUUUUGGAGUGAGGGCUGCGAUGUUUGUUAGAGAUGCUAAGGCUCUUUGUCCACACCUUGUCAUUCUUCCUUAUGAUUUUGAAGCGUAUGAGGAGGUAACUAAUCGGUUCUAUGACAUUCUGCAUAAGCACUGCAGAAAAGUACAAGCAGUAAGCUGUGACGAAGCAUUUUUAGAUGUCACAUACUUGGAAGGGGUAGAUAUGGAUAUGUUGGCCUCAAUUAUAAUACAAGAGAUCUUUGAGACUACUGGAUGCAUUGCAAGUGCUGGUAUAGCUAGAAAUAUGCUCAUGGCUCGCCUUACAACAAGAACUGCUAAACCAGACGGUCAAUGCAACAUUCCUCCCAAAAGGUGCAAUAUGCAAGAAGGGAUGGUGGGAAAUCCUGUUGCUAAAACCAUGAAGACUGUUUCAAGAGGCAUGGCUGUUCUUACAGUUCCGUUUACCAUGGAAUUUCCAAAGAGUGUAGGCUGAGUUCCUUAUUUACUGGCUAUCAUUCUUAUGGGUGCCAACAAUAGCAAAGACAUACAUUUAAUCAAGCUUUGUGAGGUAUUACUUUAUGGCACAAGAAGCUUAUAGCAGAAAGAGCAUAUUCAGGCAUUCUGAGUCACCAAGUAAUUAUCAGCCACAAUCGUGAAUCGUAGCUGGUUCUGAAGGUAUCGAAGGCUUCAACCUGCUCAUGGAAAUGGGAGACCUGCAGGGGAACAAGCUAACUGAUCAA